CCCCGUGUGGGACUCAGCAUGGCGGCCUGUACAUUCACUGCUCUGCUAAGGACAGCAUUCCCACGGUUUGGCGCUGCCAGUCUCCAGUCCUCACUAUGUGUCGGGCCGGUCUCAUACCCAGAGGCACGUGGGAGAUGUUACAGUUCAGCCCCUGCGGCACAUCAGCUCCAGGAAACCAGCACCGCCGACUUUACCCAGAAGCUUCUUAUGAAUCCUUUAAAGCAUCCGGACUUCUUCAAUGUAAAGGAACUCUUCUCCCUCCGAGAAUUAUUUGACGCCCGUGUUCAUCUGGGACACAAGAAGGGAUGUCGCCAUAGGCUCAUGGAAUCCUACCUAUUUGGAUGCCGAUUGGAACAAGAUAUAAUAGACUUGGAUCAGACAAUGAGUCACCUACAGUUGGCGCUAAACAUCACCGCACACAUUGCUUACCGGAAAGGUGUCAUCUUGUUCGUGAGUCGCAACCGGCAGUUCACCCAUCUGAUUGAAAGCACAGCCAAAGACUGCGGGGAAUAUGCGCACACGCGCUACUGGCAAGGGGGGCUGCUCACUAACGCCCCGGUGCAAUACGGGGUCGGCGUCCGACUCCCCGACCUGAUCAUCUUCCUCAGCUCCCUCAACAACGUAUUCGAGCAGCACUUGGCGAUCCGUGACGCAGCCAAGAUGAAUAUCCCGACCAUGGGGAUAGUAGAUACCAACUGUAACCCCAGCUUAAUCACUUACCCCAUCCCCGGCAACGACGACUCCCCGCCCGCCAUGGAACUCUAUUGUCGCCUCUUUAAAAUGACCAUCAACCGGGCCAAAGACAAGCGCAAGCAGAUGGAGCUGCUACAGGGGCUGCAGAGUAAAAUCUCCGAGGCGUAACCCCCGUUACUGUAAAAUAGGACUUUUUUUUGUUUCAUGUAAAAACUAUUUUUGUGAAUUAUUUUUUUGUUUUUGAAUAUUUUUGUUGUAAUAAAGCUGCACUGCUCAUUAAUCACAUAAUAAAAUUGUAUUCCAUU